UACAACACCUACAACCUACACACUAAUACACAAAGUGACGUUGACAUAAAUAUUGGAGCAAUAGGUUAAAACUAUAGGAAAUACAGUUAUUAUUUUUAUAUAAAUAAUUAGCCAUAUAUACAUAUAACAUAUAGGUCUAUAGUGUAAUAAAUAGUAGUUAUUUAGGAAUUUAAAAAAAAUGUCAAAAAUUUCAAUUUCUCCACGUGCUUGUAGUAAAAUAAUUUUACACGCUGCAAAAUAUCCACAUUGUGCUAUCAACGGACUUUUAUUAGCUAAACAAAAAAAUAAAAAUGAUUCUAAACCAGCGGAUAUUUUAAUUCAAGAUGCUAUUCCACUUUUUCAUCAAUGCUUACACGUUUCACCUAUGGCCGAAAUAGCACUCACAAUGGUGGAUCGAUUUGCCGAACAAAAUGGCAUGGUCAUUGCUGGUUAUUAUUUAGCUAAUGAAUUAGUAAAUGAUAUGAGUACAGAUAAGCCGGCACACAGAAUAGCAGAUAAAAUAGCUGAAAAUUUUAAUAACGCUUUAUUAGUUGUCAUAGAUAAUAAAGAAUUAACAUUUAAUAUGAAUUCUGUUCCAUUUAAAAUUUCACAGUAUGCUGAUGGAAAAUGGAAAGUCAAAGAUAAAGCAGAUAUUUUGAAUGAAAGGGGGGAUGGUGUCAUUGAAACAAUAUCUAUAUUAUUAAAGGAAGAGAGGUAUCAUGAUCUUAUUGAUUUCGAUAAUCAUUUAGAUAAUAUCAGCUUAGAUUGGCAAAAUAAUGAACUAAACAAAAUAAUAAAUAAGACUUUGGCUUAUAGUAAUGGAGUUCAAUCAUGCAAAUAAAAAAAAAAUUCUGUACAAUCAAAUUAGCAUUUAGUAUUCAGAGCACAGCUUACUGAUGAUUGUUAAUAUAAAAUAAAUACAAUUUUAUAUA